CACUGCGCAUUAUCAUUAUUAACAUCGGUCAGACAAGUUUGUUGUGAUUGAUAGAUAAAAUUGUUGGUUUCAGCCAAACUUUAAUCUUUCAUUUAUUAAGGCAUUGAAAUAUUAAAAUUAAAUGUUGAUAAUGAUAAUUUCCAUCUUCAUAUUUGACUUGACAAGCCGACUUGUCUGUUUAAUGCGCAUGCUAUUUUGUUUACUUAGAAAGACAUACAGUGACAUCAACAUUUCAUAAACCUCAUUUCGAUAUAUAAAUUCAAUUACAAGAUAUUUCUAUUUUCCUUUUUUUUACGUUGUAAUUUUCUCUUUAAUUUAAACAUUCUUUUCACUAACAACCUGCAUGCGCAUGCGUUUAUAAUCUGCUGUGCGUACGCACCAAUUUUAUUUACAGUUCCAACUCAGCAAACAGAAAUAUGCGACUUGCAAAAAGAAUCAAAUACAAAAGGAUGAUUUGUUUACUAUUUUAGGUUUUUAGAUAAACAUCCUUAUAAGUAUACAUUAUAGAGUUAAAACAACAAAUGUAACAUUUAGCAAAUAUAUACUUUGAAAAAGAAAUAACUGCAUACUUAAAAAGGAUGUUUAUUUAAAGAAACUGUAACUAUGAUUUUAAUAUGCAACAAUCAGUUAUUUCGUCCUAUUUUUUCACUGGUGGCGGAGGAAUUUUUUCCUCUGGUGGCGGAGGCGCCCAUGGUGCUGGAGGAGCCAAUGUUAUGAAACUAGGCAAUGGUAUAGAAGUUAUCGAUACCGGUGCAGCCAAAAUAUUCGACCUUGGUUUCGGACCUGAAAACCUUGAAAAGAUUCUUCAAACUCAAGCUGUUCAGGCCAUACUAAAUGAUGCCACUGUUACUGGUGGUGGCCAUGGAGGCGCUGGCGGCCAUGGUGCUGGCGGUCAUGGUGGCGUUGGAGGUCAUGGUGGUGGUGGCGGCCACGGUGGUGCUAACGGAGGUCAUGGUGGUGGUAAUGGCGGCCAUGGAGGUCCAAGAGACAUUUUCAUUGACCAAGCAGGACACGCAGGUGGGGCUGGAGUUGAUUUUCUAGGUGGGGGACAACAACUUGUCUUCGAUCAAGGAGCUCCAAUUGGCGGGGAGGUUGGUAUAAACGCAGGUCAAUUUGUCGACUUUGGUAUUGGGGGUCAUGGUGGACAAGCAGGGGGCGGGGGCCAUGGUGGGAUUGUAGAUAUGGGACAUGGAGGUGCCGGAGGACAUGGAGGUGCCGGAGGCCACGGCGGACUAGGAGGAGGAGGAGGGCACGGCGGUCACGGUGGAUUCGUAGAUGUUGGACAUGGCGGUGCUGGAGGUCACGGUGGACUCGGAGGAGGAGGCCAUGGUGGACACGUAGAUUUCGGACACGGUGGUGGAGGCAAUGGUGGGCAAGGCAGUGGGAAAGGAGAUAUAAAUAUUGGAAUCGGAUUAGGCUCUGGAGGCGGCAUGGGUCAAGGAAUUGCCGGUGGAGGAAAAGCUGUCGGAAUAGGAAUGGGAGGUGGUGGUGGACACCAUGGCGGCGCCGGUGGACAUGGAGGCAGUGGUCAUGGUGGCUCCGGGGGACAUGGAGGCGGUGGUCACGGCGGUGCUGGUGGACAUGGCGGCGCUGGUGGUCACGGAGGCGCUGGUGGACAUGGAGGCGGUGGUCACGGCGGCGCUGGUGGACAUGGAAGCGCUGGAGGUCACGGAGGUGCUGGAGGACAUGGAUUAGGAGCUGAUUUCGGAUUUUUGCCUCAAGAUAUAGGAAUGGGUUUCGGAACUAAAGAUCUAGCACUCGGUGUUGGAGUAGGUCCUGGAAGUAUUGGAGCAGGAAUCUCAGGAGGUCAAGGAGGAGGAGCUGGGAUGGGAAUGACCCAUGACUCAGUCGGCAUUGGUGGAGGAACUCAUGGCGGUGGUGGAGCAGCAAUGGGAGGUGCAGAUGCCCAAGUUGGCCUUGGAUUUUCGGCUGGUGAUGGCUUGGGUCUUGGUAUGAGUAAACCUGGAGCUGAUGCUGACAAUGUUCAAGUGAACGCUGCUCCCGGCGGUGGUGCACCAACUGAUCUAAUUAUAAACGGCGCUGAUAAUAUCAAUGUGGACAGUGGCAUUAACUUCGGACAUUUAGACGGAAACGGAGGUCACUUUGGAGCUGAUGCUGGACACCACGGUUCUCAACACCCAGUAGCAAUCAUUGGAAUCGACAAACACGGUCAAGGCGGACACGGUGGUCAAGGUGGACAUGGUGGUCAAGGAGGUGUUAUUGAUAACGGAGCUCAAUGGGACCAAGGAUUCGGACAUUUCGAUCAGGGAGCAAAUGGAGCUUGGGACCAAGGAUUUAACGGACACAUCGAUGCUGGUCAUGGUGUCGUAGACCUCGGAAUCGGACAAGGAUCUGGACAUGUUUCCGGACAUGGAAAAUCUGGUGGCAAAGUUCUUCAUUAAGAAUCAUUGACGAAUAUCCAUUCAUAUCGCCUGAGAAGCACGCGCAUCACCCAAGGACAGUUCAUUCCAUUCAUCAAUCAUCCUAACUUAUGUAAAAUUCAUUCAUUUGUACAAUAAAUGGUGUUUAAUAAAAAGUUAUUUUUAUAAAUAAUAA